AUGAGUGAGCCCAAAGUUUCCAACACAUUUAGUAUCCUCCUCUUCCUCUCGGGUCAAGCAAUUGAAAAGCCUGUUUCCGCAAAUGGAACCGCAAGCUUUUUGUGGUCCAGGAUGAAGGGCCGCGUGGAGGGGGACAGCAAGACGGAACAAAAGAGUAUCUACAAUAUCCGAGAAUUCGGAGGCGAGGGAGAAGUGUACAUGGUUUACGACGACUGCAUUGAAGUCUGGGAUUGGGUGAUUCCGGGCAAAAUGCAAUCAGAUCGCCGUCUAUGGAUGGUAGCCAAAGUGACUGAUCUAGUGCCAAGGGGCUCUGUGCUCAAGGUGUUCCCUAUUUGUUCCCGAAGGCAUCGGGGCGAGUAUUUUGCUUUGGUACUUGUCCGCAAUGCAUACAAGGAGCUACAAUUUCUGAUUGUCGACUUCAGCGCAGGGAACGUGACUGGUCUCACGUACGCUUUUAAGGGUCAUGAUAUCAGUUUCGUUGUCAAAGGUUUGCGAUCUACAAAUCAUUUUGCGAUAGGCUCCUCGAAUGGCACUGUUGCUGUCUAUAAUGUACGCUCGAAGAAGUUGCUUGCCACCUACAGUUGCAUAGUUGUCAAUAACGAGCCGGUAUUCGAUCUGUGCGGAGAUUGGCUGAUAUACAAUGCGCCCUCGAGCUCCAAAACCUUGAACAAAUGGCGAGCAGAGCACGAACUUACACCACUUAGACUGUCCAAACAUGUUUCGCUGCUCAAUAAGCUGUGGAAGGGUCUGUCGAAAACAGCCUUGGACUCCGUGCUGAUGUUUUCUGAGAUUUCGCACUCAAAAUUCAGGAAAUUGUUCAGUCGAGAGAGCCUUGCUCACAACGGGGAACAAGCGUCGGCACUUCCCACUGAUGAUGAUGAGCUACUUAGAAGUCACAACUUCCGCGAAAUGCUCGCUGCAAUUCUCAACACACUGAAUGUGAACUCAAAUUACCUUGUGAUGGUUGACGUUGUGCGCAAGAAGACAAUGUUUUGUUUUUCUCCGCCAGAUGGCUGUUCUGCAGUCUCGCUUUCGCCCUUCGAUUUAAGUGUUGCCACUGUUACAAACAGGGGCGACGAUAUUUAUUUGUGGGAUUAUUCCAAGUUCGAUAAAGACAUCACGCUGCUUGAUAAGUACAAGCGUGGCAAGACCUCUGCCGUGAUAUCUGAUAUCUUGUGGACCAGCAACAACCAAUCGCUGGUACUUCUGAGCAAGCCUAACGGCUCAAUACAUUUGUUUGUCAACGAAAGCUUAACCGGCAUGCUCCAAAGCCGGCCUUCAAGCCGACCGUUGUCCAACAACCAGAAGACCGAGCAGGCACCUUUCGACUGGUGUAUUUCCAAUGGGAAUAUCAAGAAGAUCUCAAUUCCCACGCUGCCAAUGCCGUGGGAUCAUCAGCGAUACCAUACCGAAAUUAGCGCUCUCACAGAUGCAGGCAAUGUAGUGCGAAUAGACCAGGAGACAGGCAGGAUGAUAUGGAAAUACACACCUCCUACAACUGCAUCCACGAACAGCAUGACAGGCGUGAAGGAGGUGGCGCCGGUUCCGCUGGAGCUGCAGCCUGUUGAUCCGAUUGCCGAAGCGGAGGUCGAGACGUGCAAGCCAUUUCCAUUUGCUUACAACAAUAGGCGCAUACAAUUUGCCAAGUUUAAGGAUGCCAGCGAUAGCCUGCGGCUUGAUGGUUUUGGAAGUGUGGUGGCUGACUUUGAAGACGUCAAGUUUGGACGCUUCAACGGCAGCGUAAAGUUUCACAGUACGAAAAGUGAGGAAGAAUUAGCUUUGGCUGCAAGCGACAACUAUGGCUCUGACGCGGCACCAAACGUCGACCAGGAGGCUCCGCCCGCGGAAGCAGCGCUACAGUGA